AUGUCAGUCCUCUCCUUCUCCAAAUCCCUAGCCUCCCCUCUCUUCCUCCACCCACCCCUCCUCUUUCUCAAACCCUCCCCCCAAAAGCCCACCCUCAUCCGCAUGGGCGGCGGCCCCAGAACCUUCCCCGGCGGCGUCUCCAAGUGGCAGUGGAAGCGCAUGCAGGCCAAGAAAGCCAAGCAGCUCCUCAAGGCCCGCCUCACCCGCGAGCGCCAAAUCUACGAGAUGCGCAAGCGCGCCGAGCUCAAGGCCGCCGUCUCCGACCUCGAACGUCCCUGGGAGCCCGUCGAGAGGCCUCCCAGCCUCUUCUCCGUCUCCGCCGACGAGCAGGUCAAGGUCCUCGCCGAUCGCUUCCAGCGCCCCGGCGGGUUCGACCUGUGGACCGAGAGGGACGGGCCGGAGCUGUUUCGGACCAUGGAGGACUUGCCGUCGGCGAGGUUUUUCCCCAAGGGAGUGGUGCAUAGUGUGAGGCCGUAUAGGAGGAUCGGGUCCGAGGAGUUGGAGGAGGGUUUUGGAGGUGUGAGGGAGUUGGUGGAUGGGCUUAAGGAGAGCUCGAAUCGGCAAGGUUUGAAUUCUAGAACUUAUAAUGGUAAAUUGAGGAGGAAAGGGAAGGGGAGUAGAGGAAAUGCAGAUGUUUCGGCUGAGUUGAAUUCCGAGGGAGGUGAUGUUGAUAGGAAACAGAGAGGACAGGGUAAUGUGGUGCGCGGUGGCGAAAAUGGGGGUGUUAGGAGAAAUGGUGGUUCGGAGUCUGAUAGGAGGUCUUCGGGUAGGUAUAAUUUGAGAGGAGGCGGUGUUGAGAGGAGACAGAGAGGACAGGGUGGUGUAAUGCGGGGCGGGGAAAGUAGGGAGGGUAGGAGAAAGGGUGCGGGGAGAUUGAGUGGUGCAGAGUCUGAAGUGUUUGAUAUGAGGUUGAGGGAAGACGGGAGUUAUGAGUUUCAGUAG